CGCACGGCACACAAAAAGGAGAGAGAGAUAGAAAGGCGUCUCUGUAUCGAGACGUUAUCGGAUUUCAAAUCAUUUUUUACACGCCGGAAUUUAGGAACUCCAUUCGAGUCCGGCACAUAGGGUUUUCAAAAUUUCAGGAGACAGGGAGAGAGCGGAGUUGAGAGAAAGAGUUUUCAGGUUGGGCUCGUUUUCUUCGUCUUGGUAAUUUUACUUAUCGGAUUUGCAGUGAACUCUAGUCGGAAUUCAGGAAGGUCCAUUUCUUGAAACGAAGACGGUUUUUCUGCUUCAAGUUCUGUUUUCUUGGAGAAUCAGGGGUUUUUUUUGGAUGUAUGAAGUUGAAUUUGGGAUCCGUGAAUUGGGGUUUUGCUGAGUGGCAGAUUUGGGAAUUCUCCUGAUGUUUACGCCGCAGCGAAAGGCGUGGCCGGGGUGGUCACUGACGCCUCUGAAGAGAGGCUCGGGGCCGGACUCGACCCCGAUUUCCAACGGGCCAAAUCUAAGUGAAGAUGGGACUGCAGGAAAGGGAAAAGCGUGGUCUUUGUGGAACCGGUAACUCCACCUUUGGGUCGGGUAAGCGAGAAUGCAGUCGGGCCUGUGGACCCGGAAGCCUUGACGUAUAAGGUCUCGAAGCUGGAACAAGAGCUUUUUGAAUACCAAUACAAUAUGGGACUUCUCUUGAUUGAGAAAAAGGAGUGGUCUCCUAAAUACGAAGAACUUAAGCAAGACCUUACGGCAGCCAAGGAUGCCCUAAAACGUGAACAAGCAGCACAUUUAAUUGCAAUAUCUGAAGUUGAGAAGCGAGAAGAAGGUUUGCGGAAAGCUUUGGGUGUUGAGAAGCAGUGUCUACUUGAUCUAGAGAAGGCUCUGCGUGACAUGCUUUCUGAAAAUGCAGAAAUCAAGUUUACCGCUGAUUCAAAGUUGGCUGAAGCAAAUGCUUUGGUAACUAGUGUUGAAGAGAAAUCUUUGGAGGUAGAGGCUAAGUUGCAUGCUGCUGAUGCUAGGCUUGCUGAGGUGAGUAGAAAAAGUUCGGAGAUUGAAAGGAAGUUACAGGAGGUGGAGUCUCUGGAAAAUGCACUUAGGAGGGAACGUUUGUCCUUUAUUGCUGAACGAGAAGCACACGAAACUAUUUUGUCAAAGCAGAGAGAAGACUUGCGAGAGUGGGAGAGAAAAUUACAAGAGGGAGAAGAGAGGCUUGCUAAAAGUCAAAGGAUUAUCAACCAGAGAGAGGAGAGGGCAAAUGAGAAUGAUAGGAUCAUUAAGCUCAAGGAGAAGGACCUUGAAGAGACACAAAAGAAAAUUGAUGCAGCUAAAUUAGAUUUGAAGCAUAAAGAAGAUGAUAUAAGCUGCAGGCUCAAAGAUCUAACUUCAAAAGAACAGGAGUGUGAUGCUAUGAGAAAGAACAUAGAGAUGAAAGAGAAGGAAUUGCUUGCAGUAGAGGAAAAGCUUAAUACCAGAGAAAAGGUUGAAAUCCAGAAACUCCUUGAUGAACACAAUGCUGUUUUGGAUGUCAAGAAGCGCGAAUUUGAAUUGGAAGUUGAUCAGAAGAGAAAAUCUGUGGAUGAGGACAUGAAAACCAAGGUUAGUGAAGUGGAGAAGAAAGAAGCUGAAAUAAAACACAUGGAGGAGAAGGCUGCAAAACGAGAGCAGGCAUUGGAUAAGAAAUUGGAAAAACUUCAGGAGAAAGAGAAAGAUCUUGACUUGAGACUUAAAGGUUUGAAGGAAAGGGAUAAGGUUCUGAAAACUGACGAGAAGAAUCUGGAGAAUCAGAAGAAACAACUGCUUGCUGGUAUGGAGGAGCUUCAGGGUCUUAAAAAUGAGAUUGAGAAGAUGAGAUAUGAUAAUGAGCAGCAGCUUUUGAGGAUACAUGAAGAGAAGGAUCGCCUCAGGGUGACUGAAGAAGAGAGGUCUGAGUAUGUCCGUUUGCAAACAGAAUUAAAAGAGCAAAUAGAAAAAAGCCGGCUUCAGGAAGAACUGCUUCUAAAGGAGGCUGAGGAUCUGAAGCAGCAAAAGGAAAAUUUUGAGAAAGAAUGGGAAGAGCUUGAUGAGAGAAGAAUGCAAAUUGAUAAAGAGCUGAAGAGUAUCGGUGAACAGAAGGAAAAGUUUGAAAAACAU